AUGCUGAAAACUGAACACGGAGGACGUAAGAACAUCCUGGAUUGGUGUGCAGAAUCUGGAGUUGCGUGGCAUUUCAUACCACCUCGUUUGCCCUAUUUCGGAGGUCUAUGGGAAGCAGCAGUGAAAUCAGCGAAGCACCAUCUACUGAGGGAAAUCGGCCACUCCAACAUUUCGUACGAGGACAUGACGACAUUACUAGCCGAGGUGGAGAUGUGUAUGAACUCCAGACCCUUGAUUCUGAUGCCAACCGAAUCCGACGAAUUGGAAGCCCUGACACCUGGACAUUUCCUUGUCGGUGAAAGCCUGCGAUCUCCACCCGAAGAAGACGUGGCAACUGUUCCGGACAAUCAACUGUCGCAUUGGAAGCUCACGCAGAAACGGUUCCAACGAAUCUGGCGUAGAUGGUACCCAGAAUAUCUGCAGCAGCUUCAAGCCCGAGCCACCAAACACCGUAGACCAUCAACCGUAAUCCAGCCCAACCAAAUGGUGAUCAUCCAAGACGAUCUGCUUCCGCCAGCCCAAUGGCCACUAGGGAUCAUCACAGCCGUUCAUCCUGGGAAAGACGGCGUCGUACGAGUGGUCACCUUACGCACUGCGAAGCGAGAUGUCGUUUCCAGGUGUGUCAACAAACUUGACCUGUUACCCGUACCAGAAGAACCCGAAACCAAUCCAGCUGAUGAGCAGCCCGUUGGAGAACCUGUCACCGCAGUACCUGAAACUAAUCAUGAGUAG